UAUUUUUAACCAAGAAAGUUUUGAACCGUACAAAAGCCCUCUGACGUUCUUGUAACACCAAAGAAUCUGCCAGGGCGAGCUCAAACUAGUUCCUGGCUGGCCUCGUGGGAUCGCGUCUAGGCCUCCACCAAGCGUCACUUGCGCGAUCAGCUAGACCGAAGGACCAAGCCGUCGCGCAUCCCUUAAUUCACCAUGGCCAGCGAUCGGUUCAACAUCAGCAGCCAGCUGGAGCACAUGCAGGCGAGAUACGUGGGCACGGGGCAUGCUGACACCGCCAAGUACGAGUGGGCGGUGAACAUCCACAGGGACAGCUACGCGUCGUACGUGGGGCACCACCCAUUGCUGGCCUUCUUUGCCGUGGCUGAGAACGAGAGCAUUGGACGAGAGCGAUACAACUUCAUGCAGCGCAUGCUGCUUCCAUGUGGGCUGCCGCCGGACCGGGAUGAGGAGUGAGGAGGAGACUGGAACCGAUUGGCGGCUUUUGCUAAAUUGCAGUUUCUGCUGCAAGAGACCGGAGACGCUCCUGUAUUACUGUGCAAGCUUUUGCAUACACCUGGCAGAGUUGCUAAGGGGAAAGAAGACGAAACUGCUAGUCACUGACAUCUUUCUCCCAACUGUACAAAAUUGUUUUUGUAUGUUCAGCUCUACACUAUCGUCAGCAGCAGCAAGUGUGUUCAGUGCUCACCUCACCACAUUUUAUGAUUCCAGUGUUCAAUCAUGCAG